CCAAGAAGUUGAAUAAUACAAAACAUUUUAUUAUUCUGUAGUUAUGUUGAUCUGUGCUUUGACGUUAACCUUUGCGUUAACCUAACUUUUUUUCAAAAUCAAAAUAAAGUUUUUCUGCUUUGAAAGAUAAUGAGACAACAUUAGUUUUACCAUGCAAAAUCAAUAUCUUGAUUUGAGAUAUCGGAUCACCCAUGGACCAGAAAACCAAAUGGCUUUGGAAGAGCUGAAAUCUCAAUAUAGAGAUUUAAUUCACUCUAACAGAGCGUAUGACCGAAUCAGGACAUUAUCGGACCUUAUCACUGUCCUAGAGAAAAGGGAUGUUUUGAACGAAUACAACAUGGGUAGAAUGAGAGAUAUUGAAAACAUCCUGAGUGUCUAUAUUCCAACUGCAUAUCGCAGAAGUAGGAGUUCGACAACCCCUUUUUGCCCACAUCCAGAUGAUAUGCAUAGCACUACUCCAUCAAGGAUUGAAUGCAAUCCAAUAGUAAAAGCUAAAGUAUAUAAGACAAUAGCCACCACAAUUGGGAGAAAAUGGGCUGAAUUUGGACGAGAGCUCUCAGUUCCUGAAAAUGAAAUUGACUAUCUUUCUCACAAAGAUACCAAAGAUAGGAUUUAUUACAUUUUAAGAUAUCAUGAGGAAAACUGUGAUCCACGUAGAUGGAAAACUAAACUACUAUCAGCUUUGAUUGAAUGUCGCAGGAAGGAUAUUUAUGAAACGGUCCAAUCAUAUUUUGAUACAUAUAUUUAGUGAUUUGGUGAUUGAAAAUUAAUGAAACAAUAAGAAUCUUUUAUGAAAUAUGCUACCAUUAUAUUUUGUUAUAUUUUUAAAUUACUAUUUAUUUAAGAUCAUAUAUGUAUUCAUUUUUUCUACAAUAUAUUAUCUGUUUUGGUUUAUAAGAGAAAACUUAUAAUAAAUUCAGAGGUGCUGAAUUGGUAAAUUUAUCUAUCACUUGGAUAAUGAUCUUCAAAACUUCAGAAAAACUUAUAUAAAGUGUAUCACUCUGAGGUGUGUAAUAUGUAAUGAUCUUGUUAUAUAAAAUACUCAUAAAAAAUUA